GUUCUCUUCCAUAUAGACGGCGCACGCGCACACGCACACGCACACUAACUUAGCUUUCACAUAGAGAAUUCCGGAAGCUUUCAGCUACGUACGUAGCUUCGCGCAAAUAAAGAUCAAUGGCGAGCACCGAGGUCUCCAACCCGCCGUCGUCCAAGCGCCUGUCCCCGAAGGGCAGCUUCAAGCUCAGCCUGCCAGGCCUGCUUGCCUGCGGCCAGUGCAAGGCCACCACCGUGUCGCCCCCGGACUCCCCAACCGGCCCCGGCGCGAGGUCCGCGCGGUCCCUAUCGUCGUCGGCGUCAUCGUCCAUGGGCACGUCGUCUCGCGGGCGCGAGCGCGACCGCCAGGCGGAGCUCCGGGAGAUCUUCCGCCACUUCGACCGCGACAUGGACGGCCUGAUCUCCGGCCUGGAGCUCCGCGACUUCUUCGCGUCGAUGGGCGACGGCGGCGCGGCGGCCGCGCUGGAGCUGGACGCGGCCAGCGGCGGCGGCGGCGACCUCACGCUGGGGUUCGAGGAGUUCGCGCGGAUCGUGGAGCGGAAGGGCGGGGAGGAGGAGGAGCGCGAGGACCUGCGGCGCGCGUUCCAGGCCUUCGAGGCCGUCAAGGGCUCCGGCCGGAUCACGCCGCGCGGCCUGCAGCGCGUGCUCAGCCAGCUCGGCGACGACCCGUCAGUCGCCGAGUGCCAGGCCAUGAUACGCGCCUACGACGACGACGGCGACGGCGAGCUCGACUUCCACGAUUUCAACCGCAUGAUGAGCCAUGGCUAGCGACCUAUAUAUCCGGCCAUGGCGCGCGCGGCUCGAUCGUUACCUCCGUAUGAUUUCCCUGUUGCCCGUUGUGUGCUUGUGGUGUGCUUUCCCGCGCACAUUCGACGUGGGUUUCCUAUGCCAGUAUGUCAUUGUGUGUUUAUGUUUGGCGUCC